CAGCAGCAGUAGCAGCUUCUUCUUCCUCGCAGCGGGAGGAAGAGCAUAGGAUUAGAGAACCCAGAACGCGGCUCGCUAAUCGCCCGAGACCUCUUCGCCGUGCCUGGUGAUGAUGACAUCAGAGAUGACGAGCAAUCAAUGAACGAGCGGUUCUCAGGUUUCGUUCCUCCUUCUCGGCGUGCAAUUUUGAGGCUCGUGUUGUGUAUGUUUCUGGGCACACGAUGAACAGUGGUUUUGCCAAGAGCCAGGCGUUUUCUUUCACCGUUAGAGCUUGCUUGAAGCCGACGUGCUUCAAUCAGUAUCGCGCGUCGGGUCCCCAGAACUUUGGCUUUCUGGGUCCCUCCCAAAACCUCGCCACUACCCCAUUUCCGCGGGCAUCGGUGGCGUCUCUCUUGGGUUUUGUCGGAAAUCCCAUCAGAAAUCUUGUAUUUUGAAGAGGGACGGUGGAUAUGCAGAUGGGUCUUGCCAGGAAUUGUUGAAAACGGGAGGUCUGGCCGGACCGAAGAGCGUGUUAAGUGGGUCGAGAGUGGAGAGUUCCAUUCGAUGUUGUUCUUUGAGAAAAGGCAGGAACUUUUCGAGUGUGGACUCUCCAAGGGUCGGCGAUAGGAGUGGUGCAGUAGGAGCUGGGAAGGUGCUGCCUUGGUUGGCAACUAAGGACACCGUGGAAGUGAAAAGGUCUGUGAAAGUGUAUGACAGACGGGCUGGUCGUUCUUCGGGAGAAUCCACGAGAAAGUUGCACAAGGGACCGAACUCUCGGAGGGUCAGUGACAGGAGUGGUGCAACAAGAGAUGGGAAAGCCAUGCCCUGGUUAGCAUCAAACAAAACCAAGGAAGUGGUUAAGAAACAGACUAGUCAUUCUUCUUGGGAAGAAUCGGCAAGAAAGUUGCACGAGGAAGCAGAGAGUAGUGGUUCUUCUUGGGUACAAUCAGCCAAAGAGUUUGAUGGAAGGAAGGGUUCGUUCAGGAUGAAUAGGGCAGAUGAGAUAGGGAGGAAUAAUACAUCGGUCAGCAAACACGCUGAUCACACAUGGAGGCGUGAUGAUGAUUUUGGUAAGUUAGAGGAGGGUGAAGAUGUAGAAGAUGAAGUUGAAGAGGCAGAGACAAUUGAAGAUCCUAGGUGGGAUGCAAUUAAGAUGCGGGUGAGAGGAGUAGUGGAUGUCAAACCAUGGACAGAGAAUCCAAGACUCACUAGGUGGAAUAAGCAGGAAGAUUGGGGAAGAAAGACAUGGAAGGAAGCAAGUGAAUCGAGUCUGCCGAAGCUAGUCGGUGAAGGCAUUUAUGGCGUUGGUCCAGUCUUGGCAGCACUGUCAGCAGGAAGGCGAGAAUUUUACACAUUGUUUGUCCAAGAAGGGCUGGAUUUGAGUAGUAACAACAAAAAGAAGAAGGAUAAGAAGGGCUUCGAGAAAGUCUUGAGAAUGGUGGGGAAGAUUGGACUAAGCAUUAAGGAAACAUCGAAGCACGAUCUCAACAUGGUUGUUGACAACCGUCCUCACCAGGGUCUGGUUUUGGAUGCUUCUCCAUUGGAAAUGGUUAAGAUAAUGGAACUUGAUCCUGUAUCCCUUGAGGAUGAGGGUUCUCUGUGGGUAGCUUUGGAUGAGGUCACAGAUCCUCAGAACUUGGGGGCAAUCAUUAGGUCUGCCUAUUUCUUUGGAGCUUCAGGGGUGGUCUUGUGUGCCAAAAAUUCAGCUCCGUUAAGUGGUGUGGUUAGCAAAGCAAGUGCUGGUUCUCUGGAGUUGAUGGAGCUCAGAUAUUGCAAGAACAUGAUGCAAUUCCUCACAUCCUCAGCAGAAAAUGGCUGGAGAGUUCUUGGAGGAUCGGUUUCUUCUAAAUCUGUCCCUCUGAAUGACAUUGAACCUGGUGUACCCACCAUUCUUGUUCUUGGGAGUGAGGGCACUGGACUGCGGCCUUUGGUGGAAAGAUCAUGUACUCAGUUGAUCAGGAUCCCAGGAAACAUAUCUUCAGACGUAACUGCUGGAGAAGCCAAUAAUGCGGAAGAGGGCACUGAAACAAAUAACUUGGCCGAGGAGUUCCGGUCCUUUUUAGCUGUUGAGAGCUUAAACGUCAGUGUUGCAGCUGGUGUGCUUCUCCAUCACCUGAUAGGCAGCAAUCACAGCAAGGAACCUUGCGUAGCCAAUGAAUUGACUGAUUGAUAGAAUUGCACGGCAUGCAUUCAAGUGUAAAAUUGCUUAUGUGUGCAUAAGCUAGAGAAUCCAUGUCAACUGGUCACAAUUCCUCUCCCGCAUGGCCCCGUGGGCCUCCUUUCCCUUUAGGCAUUUUCUUGGGAUUUUCUCUUCUUUUGAGAAGGUAUGUUUUCUGGAAUUUUGGUUUGGGAAUUCAUUCGGAUGGAGGUAAUGGCAAGAAAGACUACAUAGAAGCAUCUUACACUCUUAAAUGCUAUUGCGACAAUCUGGUAAUAUGUUGGAGAGUGAGGGUAAUGCAGCCGAUUUACCAUAUAUUUUACUUUUUGCUCAUUUUUGAUAUAUGAGAUUUCUGUGGACAUACUGUUGCACCUACAAACUCAGCAAAAAAGUGAUAUGGGUGAACUAUAGAUGCAGAUUUGCUUAUGUUUAGCAGUGGAAGAAGGUGAGAUCUUGUUUGUGAAUUUCCGAGAGAUACCUUUACUUAAUUUUCCUUAGUUGCUUGAUUCUAAUGGGAUUUGAGUUUGAGCCAAGUUCUUAAGUUUUUAUCCAGCCUGUCUGA